AACAAACUCAACCUUAAUUUAAUCCCUUCCUCCAAUUUAACGCCACGACAGUGUAGAAAAUGACGUAAAGCUACGUCUAUAAAUAGAACCUUAACCUCACAUUAUAUAUCUGUAUCACAAUUCACAGCGACUCGGAACUGAGUCGGUCGAGUUGACUCAUCCGCCAUGGAUUCCGAUGAAGACUGCAGAGCUCACUGCCUACUUGUGCCCUACCCAAUCCAAGGUCAUAUCAAUCCCUUCCUCCAAUUCGCCAAGCGAUUGCGCCACAAGCGCCGCCGCCUCCAAAUCACCCUCGCGCUCACCAGAUUCACGCUCAAAUCCACCGGCGCCGCCGCCGGAGAAUCCUCCAUCUCUUUCCGGUCGAUAUCCGACGGAUUCGACGACGGCGGCAGAGCACAGGCGAGGAGCUUCGAGGAGUACAGAGACCGAUUCGAGCGGGUCGGGCGGGAAACCCUAACGAACCUGCUCCGGGAGCUUUCGGAUUCGGGUCGGCCCGUUUGGUGCCUGGUGUACGACCCGUUUAUCCCGUGGGUUGUCGAGGUGGCCGAGGGCUUCGGAUUUCCGACGGCGGCGUUCUUCACGCAGUCGUGCGCCGUGAACGGCGUCUACCACCAGGUGUACUGUGGGCGGCUGCGGGCGCCGCUGCAGGAAGAUGAAGUGGCGGAGGUGGCGCCGGAGCUUCCGCCGCUGAAAGCGGAGGAGGUGCCGUCGUUUAUUCGGGUCGCCGGGGAAUACCAGGGGGCGCUCGAAAUGGUGACGAAUCAGUUUCGCCACGUGGAGAAAGCUGAUUGGAUUUUCGUCAAUACUUUUUACAUGUUGGAGGAAAAGAUAAUUAAUUAUCAAGCACAAUUUUGGCCAAUAAAAGCUAUUGGGCCUACAAUACCAUCAAUGUGCUUAGACAAAAGGUUGCAAGACGACGAAGAGUACGAUCUUAGCCUCUUUAAACCCUCAUCAAGUGUUUGUCUAAAUUGGCUCGAUCAACAACAAUCUAAAUCAGUCAUUUACGUCUCAUUUGGAAGCUUAGCUCAACUAAAUGUGGAACAGACGCAAGAACUAGCACAAGCAUUGACGAUAAUAAACAAACCUUUUUUGUGGAUUGUUCGAAAAUCCGAAGAAUCUAAACUUCCACAUAGCUUCCCACUCGAAAAAGGAUUGAUUGUAUCAUGGUGCCCACAACUAAAAGUAUUGGGACAUGAUGCAGUUGGUUGUUUUAUUACGCACUGUGGAUGGAACUCGACACUCGAAGCUUUAAGCCUAGGAGUCCCUAUGGUGGCAAUGCCGCAAUGGACAGAUCAAAUAACUAAUGCAAAAUUUGUUACGGAUGUUUGGAAAAUUGGCAUGUGGGCUAAAGGAGAUCAAAGUGGGAUAGUAAAGGAGAAGGAAAUCAGUCGUUGCAUAAAACACGUGAUGGAAGGAGUCGAUGGAGAAGAAAUUAAAAAGAAUUCCAAUAAAUGGAAAGAAUCGGCAAGAGAAGCUGUUGAUAAGGGAGGAAGUUCAGAUAAAAAUAUUGAAGAAUUUAUUCGUGCGUUGGAAAAAAGUAAUGUUAGAGGAUGAAAUGUAUGCAAAACCAAAAUGUAUAAAUAGUUUUACUAUUUACAGCUUCAUAUUUCCUAUCAAUCGAAAGAUGAAAUGCCUAUGUUUA